CCUGAAGCUGCCUAAUCGCGUACGAGCAGCUGCCUUAGCCUCCUUAGCUUGCAGGAGGAACAUGGCGGACCGGCUCACACAGCUGCAGGACGCGGUGAACUCGCUUGCAGAUCAGUUUUGUAAUGCCAUUGGAGUGUUGCAGCAGUGUGGUCCUCCUGCUUCUUUUAGUAAUAUUCAGACAGCAAUUAACAAAGAUCAGCCCGCUAAUCCUACAGAAGAAUAUGCCCAGCUUUUUGCAGCACUGAUUGCACGAACAGCAAAAGACAUUGAUGUUUUGAUAGAUUCAUUACCCAGUGAAGAAUCUACAGCUGCUUUACAGGCUGCUAGCUUGUAUAAGCUGGAAGAAGAAAACCACGAAGCUGCUACAUGUCUGGAGGAUGUUGUUUAUCGAGGGGACAUGCUUCUGGAAAAGAUACAAAGUGCACUUGCUGAUAUUGCACAGUCACAGCUGAAGACAAGGAGUGGUACCCAUAGCCAGUCUCUUCCAGACUCAUAGUACCAGUAUAUACCAUGUGGCUGAGAAAACUAUUUCAGUGCCAUUGAGAAUUCUGCAUCAAGUUUAGAUGUAAGCCUUACCAACAGUUACAGAAACAUUAAGCACUAUGACACAUGUUACCUUUUUAGCUAUUUUUAAUAGUCUUCUAUUUUCACUCUUGAUAAGUAGGCCUCUAAAAUUGUGAUUGAACCAGCUUUAAACCAUCAUUAUACCAUCAUUUUUUAUUAUCAAAAUGAGGCAAAUGUUGCAUUAAUGGUUAUAAUAUAAUUAAACAGAUGUACUUUAAAA